UUUCGAGUCCUGAUAGGACUAUUUCUUUCCCCUGAACCUCAAGACCCAAUUACCGAUUACCGAAUUUUAGAAAAAAGAAAAGAAAAGAAAAGCUGUUAUACGUUUCUGGUUCUUCCCUCUUGCUGUCCCUCUUUUGAGAUAGGAAGUUCAGUUGCAGUCCAACUUGGGAAAGUCACUACUUGCAGAGCCCUGCCGGAGAUGUUGUUGCCCCCGGCGGCACCGGGAACCACUCUCUUGAUAAGAAUAUCGCGCUACCGGGAAGGUCAAUAGGGAAAGAUCCGGAGCCCUCUUGCGGGGCCCAAGUUUUCACGAUGGAAGGUCAGAAGAGCCAGACCAAACUCACCAGAACCAACUCUUCGCUUCUUCGCUCGUCACCCACAAUCCGAUCAUCCAUUCAAAGCCUCUCGUCCGUCAACGAGGAGGACGUUAUCCUCACUGCGCAAGAUGAAGAGGAGAUUAAGGUCAAGAAGCCUCGUAAGUCCGGUUCGACGCCGCGAGCCGUGUCCACCCGAAUCACUACCCCGGUUCUUGCCGUCGCGUCUCUGGGUUUCUUUUGCCUGUGUUCUUUGUUCUUUUACCUGUUCUAUUUUUUCUAUCUCGGGAGUGAAGAAAUACCCACUUCGGAGAAUUUGUUGUUAGCGCUGAUUUUUAUCGCCGUCGUUCUCUACUUUGCGUCCAAGAACAAGAUUCUGAUCCACCAGAGCCUUUCAAUUCUGAAGCAUUCUUGGGAUGAGAAUGUGAAAAGGUUUGGGUUUUCGAAGUCUAAUUCCAAGCCUGUUCAAUGGUUCAUCGGGGACUCCCCUGCGACCAGAGGCCGAAAAGAGAAGAAAAUUGUAAGGGAAGUGGAAUUUUACAGCAACGGUGACUUCUACGAGGGCGAGUUUCAUCAGGGAAGAUGUAACGGCAAUGGGGUUUACAAUUACUUCGUAAACGGUAGAUACGAGGGUGAGUGGGUGGAUGGAAGGUAUGAUGGAUACGGCAUCGAGAGUUGGGCAAGGGGUAGUCGCUACAAGGGGCAGUAUAGGCAGGGUUUGAGGCAUGGCUAUGGGGUUUAUAGGUUCUAUACAGGGGAUUCUUACGCUGGGGAAUGGUUUAAUGGGCAGAGCCAUGGUGUGGGAGUCCAGGCUUGCUCCGAUGGUAGCUGUUAUAUCGGCGAGUUCAAGUACGGCGUUAAGCACGGACUCGGAUGCUACCACUUUAGAAAUGGGGAUAGAUACGCGGGAGAGUAUUUUGGAGACAAAAUACAUGGAUUUGGGGUCUAUCACUUUGCGAACGGCCACUGUUAUGAAGGAGCAUGGCAUGAAGGCCGCAGGCAAGGUUGUGGCAUGUACACUUUCAGAAAUAGCGACAGGAGAUGCGGUGAAUGGGAUGCUGGCAACCUCAAGCAUCCGCUGCCACCGUUGACCGAUGCGGUGCUUCGAGCAGUUCAGGCAGCUAGGAGAACAGCAGAGAAAGCCAUAAACCUGAGGCGGGUGGACGAGCAGGUGAACAGCGCAGUAAUCGCUGCAAACAGAGCAGCCACUGCUGCCAGAGUUGCUGCUGUGAAGGCCGUUCAAAACAGAAUGGAUGGAAAAUUUUGCGAUCUUGAUGUCUAAGACAUCAGGAUCAGGUGUUUGGAACUGUAAAUUUUACUAAUUUUAAGUGCUUGCUAAAAGAAGAUGUCACCCCGGUGAGCACAAGCUUAUCGGCGGUUGAUGAGAGAGUAUGCUUUUCGAGUUUCUUUCUUUCACCACACAGUAACCUGUACAUAAGCCCAUGUACAUCAUCAAUCAAUGAGAAUUUGAAUUUCCAAGAUCCCUUUAUUCUGAAAAAA